AUGGAUGUAAGCGUGUACCCGCCUCCCCCUCAGCCACUGUCCGCUACAGACCACAGCAGACUGGGACAGCUCUCCUACCAGGACCCAGCCUUUGGAAACAACAAGCUGGACGCAGACGCCUUGUUUCUGGGAAUGACAGAGACCGGUCUGGACUUUGGAUCAGCCAAUCAGUUCCGUGUGCCACAGCCCCCCAUGAGCAAAGGCCCGCCCCCCAACAGCGGCCCCCACAACUGGAGGAGGGAGGGAAAUAUGGCCGACUCCCACAGACUGCCCUGGUCUUACCCAGUGGGAGACGAUGACUACAACAUCCCGCCGCUGACUCCGCCCACUCUGCCAGAGCACAUGAUGCCUCCACAUCUGCCCCAUGAGACCCCUCCAGGCUCAGGGCAGUACCACUCGCUGGACCCCCCUUCUGCCUCCGGACCCCACCACCACUACCAGCUGCAGGGGCUGGACAUGGGCCGCAUGAGCUCAGGGCAGGACGGGCGUAUGUACAGCCCAGAGGGAGGCCCAAUGACCAGCACGCUGUCUGUGAUGCAGCAGAUGGUGAAUUCGGAUUCGCGCUUCACGAGCAGUCAGCAGCCAAUCGAAGCCGCGCUGGGACCGAGGGGCCAAUCAGGGAUGAACCAACACAACCCGCUGUCCACCAUCAACCCGACACAGCUCGGCCCCAGCAGGAACGCCAUCAUCCACAACUCCCCCUCUCCUCCCGGAAGUAAAUCGGCCACGCCCUCCCCCUCCAGCUCCGCACAUGAGGACGAGAGCGAGGAGACUUUCCGGGUGAGCGGAGAAAAGAGGCCAGCAGGAAUGGACAUGAAAAAACCCAAAACACCAAAGAAGAAGAAGAGGAAGGACCCGAACGAGCCGGUGAAGCCAGUCUCGGCCUACGCCUUGUUUUUCAGGGACACUCAGGCCAACAUCAAGGCCCAAAACCCCAACGCCACAUUCGGAGAGGUGUCCAAGAUUGUCGCCUCCAUGUGGGACGGUCUAGGAGAGGAGCAGAAGCAGGUGUACAAGAAGAGGACAGAGACGGCCAAAAAGGAAUAUCUGAAACAACUGGCUGCUUACAGGGCGAGUUUGGUCUCACAGAGUUAUAACGACCCCUCAGAGAUGAAACCCCCUCACUCCUCCACUCCCCCCUCAUCCUCCUCUUCCUCCAUGUACAGCCCCAAACCCCCGGUGUACCCCGUGCACCCGGGACAGCACCCCUCCGCUGGGCCCCACUCUCUGCCGCCUCAGCACCCGGGCAUGUACAUGUACCCGCACCCCCCACACGCCCACAUGCACCCGCAGCUGCUGUCCUCCAGAGGCACUGUCCCCCGACCCAGCGGCCCACACCAGGGGGGUCUGGGCGGGGUGGCAGGAGCUCCGACACCCCCCCUGCAGGUCAGCCCUCCUCUGCACGGACAGGGUCACCUUGGGGGUCUCCACAGCCCCCACCAGCACCAGCAGCUCUCAGGACACAACAUGGGCAUGAGCCACACGUCGGCCAUCGGACAGGGCUACCAGUCUGAGUUCCAGUCAAUGGGAGGAGGGAUGCUGAGCGGCGCACCUGUGAUGUCAUCAUCUGUGGACUACCACCAGCUCGGACGGCACACGCCCGGACACCACCCGUCUCUCGACUGGAGCAACGAUUACCAUGGCAACGGGGGUCUUCAGAGAGACAAGCCUCUGUUCCUGAGUUAA